CCAAUGUUUAUCAUUACGAGCCUUAGUCAAAUUGAUUUAAGCACAAAUUUUACAUUGAAAUAUUUAUUUCACGACUAAGCAAAUUGCGUAAUCUGUGAACACACGAACUAAAGUAACCUUUGACCUAAUUUCUUAAUACAUAUAGAUUAAUGGAAUAAUAUGUCAAAAGCAACAAAAAGAAAGCAUGUAACUAAAGAAGUACUGGAUGAAUAUGUCCUUCCUGAAGAAAACCAACAGAUUGUUAAGGUUGUAGCAGGAAAAGGUAACAAUCUUCACGAAAUACUGACAGCUGAUAACCGAACAUUCCUUGUUAGCAUGCCCACUCGAUUUAGGAAAAAUGUCUGGAUAAAAAGAGGAGAUUUUGUUUUCAUAGAACCAAUAGAAGAGGGAGACAGAGUUAAGGCAGAAAUUUCAAGAAUCCUUUACAAGGACCAGAUCAAAUAUAUUAAAGAAGAAGGGAAAUGGCCUGAAGCUUUCAUGGAAAUAACAAACACAGAAAAGGACCAAAUGAUACCAGACGACAUGCUGCCACCUUGUGACAGUUCUGAUGAAGAUGUCGGAGAUCUUGUUGUAAAUGCUAAUAGACAGAAAGUAGCAGUAUACGAAGAAAGUGACAAUGAAACAAGUGAAGAAGAUGAUGAUGUAACAUAAAAAACAGUUAAGAUGCAACAAUCAACAAAAGGAACACAGACAGAGCCAUUACUCCUGACUGUAGUACUAGUGCUCUUCCAUGCUGCAUGUCAUAACGAAUGAUGAAGAACAGAUUUAACUUUAUUUAUUGAAAUUAAAACUUACAAGUGAUAUGAAAUUUAAUUAAAAUCACCCUGUUUAAAUUUAAAUGACAAUGUAAUAUCAGGGAAGCUUGAUGCAAGAUAGUUAUUUUAAACGUUGUUAUAUAUCAUAAACUGUGCUUUCUUUUUCAAUAUAUCAAAUUGUUGUGUGGACAAACACAUGAUUUUAUAUGCAUAAGGCAAUGUCAGACUCAGUCUAUAGGUUUGGUACAGAGCAGAGUUCAUACAUAUAUUUAUAUAACAUGUUCUUGGCUUAAAAUGCAGUAAUCUUUGCCCCUGGAUGUCAAUUUAAUUCAUCCUUAUCAUCAUCAUCACCAUUAGAUCUUUAUUUGAUGUAAUUUUAAUAUUUUCUGUGCUGUUUGUAAAAAGAUACAAAAUGAAAAUUAAAAGAUGCUGUCUAUCAAACUUGAAAUGUUCUGAAAGUUUUUUUAAAGGAUUCCAGUGACUAAUGUCAAUUUUAAUUUAAUUAAAAGAAGAAAUUCA